CUUCCUCUCUAACCCACUCCAAUUUUCGUGAAGAAACCUUCCAAAGACCGCUUCUUCUUCUUCUCAUUCUUCGUCGUCGUCUUCUUUCUUAUAUUUGAUUUUUUAUCGUGCAAACAUGAAAGAAAAGCAAAUACAAGAACUCAUGCGGCCUUCAGUGCUUAACAUAGCUCUUUCACAAGCUAUGCAUCCAACAAAAAACAUUCUCUUUGUUGUAGAAUUCAACUAGACCAAUAUUUCGCCGGAGUUUCCGUGCUCAAAUGUCGCCGGAGAAAGCUUUUCAGAGCAAAAUGGACACCCUUAAGUACAAAGUGCUAGUCAGCACUUGGAAUGUAGGUGGCUUGCAGCCUUCUGAGGACUUCGAUUUGGAAGAUUUGCUUCAAACAGAGAAGAGUUAUUACGACAUAUAUGUUCUCGGGUUUCAAGAGAUUGUGCCACUUACAGCUAAAAAUAUUAUGGGUCCAGAGAGGAGAAGCAUUUCUGCCAGGUGGAACUCUGUGAUUGGUUGGACUCUGAAUAAGAAUUACAGGGAAAUAAAGGAGAGAAAUAGUUCAUUUAAGGAAUAUGAAUGUAUGAUAAGCAAGCAGAUGGUGGGGAUAAUGGUAACAGUGUGGGUGAGAGGAGAGCUUCUGCAGCACCUUCACCACCUCAGCGUCUCCUGCGUUGCCUGUGGCUUUCUUGGCUUCCUGGGAAAUAAGGGAGCAAUUGCUGUAAGAUUCGUGCUGCAUGGAGUUAGCAUGUGCUUUGUAUGUUGCCAUUUAGCUUCAGGAGGGAAGGAAGGGGAUGAGGUCCGCCGGAACUCCGACGCCAUUGAUAUCCUCUCUCGGACUACCUUUCCUCAUGUUUCUUCAAUGAAUUUGCCGCGAAAUAUUUUUGAACAUGACCAAAUAAUUUUACUUGGUGAUUUGAAUUAUAGAAUAUCGUUACCAGAGACGGAGACAAAAUUGCUUGUUGAGAGAAAGGAGUGGAACGUCUUGCUUAAGAAAGAUCAAAUUAAAGCUGGCGUUGCGAGGUGGCAAAAGGAGGAGUAUUCGAAGGUUGGAAUGAAGGCAAUAUAAGCUUCCAACCAACUUACAAAUAUCUCCCCAACUCUGAUAAAUAUUAUUGUUGCAUUGAGGGCAAGAAGAAGAAGAAGAGAGCACCCGCAUGGUGUGAUAGAAUUCUAUGGUACGGGAAGGGUCUGAAGCAAAGCCAAUACGAGAGAUGUGAAUUGAAACUCUCCGAUCACCGGCCGGUGAGGGCAAUCUUCGCCGUUGAAG